AUGAACGGCCUGCGACGGCCCUGUUUUAAAGGUGGCGAAUGCUGGUGGACGAGGCGCCAAAGAGACCGUCUCCUUUGCGACCAACCAACGGCAACGAUGAAGGCGAAGACGUUGGUGACGGUGGCCGUUUCGACGUCUGCGAUCGCCAUUACAAUAUGUCUAUUCGCAGCUGCUUAUAUGUUCAGCGAUAUGAGCGAUUUCUUCGACGAUGUCAUGAAGGAUAUGGGUGAAUUCAAGGAUCUCUCCUCUGGUGCAUGGCAAGCGAUGACAGAGCUGACCGUCCCAGCCAAAUAUGAUCCGUCAGUGAAUCCAUUGAUUACGUCAAUUAGUCGCAUCAAGCGAGGUUAUAGAGGAGGACGAGGUGGAGGAUAUCAAGGAACAUCAUUCGCGGGAGGAGGAAACAGUUAUGGAGGUGGAAACGGAUAUGGAGGCGGCAACGGAUAUGGAGGCGGGAACGGUUUUGGAGGAAACGGGAACGGUUAUGGAGGAAACGGAGGCGGAUAUCGAGGAAACGGUAACGGAUACGGAGGAGGAAACGGAGGUGGAAACGGAGGAAAUGGAUUCGGUGUGAGCGGAGGAGCGCAGGGACAAUGCAAUUGCGGUGGAAAUGGGAAACAAGCUAAUAAAUGUCCACCGGGCCCACCUGGGCCUCCAGGAGAGCCGGGUCUACCUGGCUUGGAUGGUCCACCCGGAGCUCCUGGCCAACCUGGCGCUUCAGGAAACGGAGGAGGAGGUGGAGGAGGGCUAGGAGUAUGUAUUAUAUGUCCUGCAGGUCCCCCAGGACCACCUGGCCCUCCUGGUGGUAUGGGUCCUCCUGGACCAGCCGCUGCCGGAGGUGGAGGAUAUGGUGCUCCUGCGACAGGGCCGCCUGGACCGGCGGGACUCAUAGGUGAACCUGGACCACCAGGUCAACCUGGUCCUCCUGGAAUGCCCGGAGAUCCUGGAAUGGAUGCAGAAGGCGGUGGAGGCGGAGGAGCUGGACUUGGUGGACCACCUGGCCCACCGGGACCUAGUGGACCUCCCGGACCUGAUGGAAUGCCUGGAGGCGAAGGCCCACCGGGACCAAUGGGACCACCAGGACCUCCCGGAGAAAUGGGUCCACCAGGAGAAGAUGGAAUGCCUGGAGAAGCAGGAUUAGUAGGAGAGCCAGGAGGCGACGGUGAGUCAACGUUUGACAAAAUAAAAUAG